CAUGCAUGUUCUUGUCCGAGCUCAGUAUCCACCUCCUCCACUCCAGCGGCUGCAGGCUCACCUGUCAGGAUGUUCACGCGUUUGCAGGUUUGCUUCUACGUUUUCAUCCUCCUGGCGCACAUGAGGUCCUCCUGCUGCUGGUCAGUGAAUAAUUUCUUGAUGACUGGACCCAAGGCGUACCUCAUCUAUUCCAGCAGCGUGGCGGCGGGGGCUCAGAGCGGCAUCGAGGAGUGCAAGCACCAGUUUGCGUGGGAGCGCUGGAACUGUCCCGAGAGAGCCCUGCAGCUGUCCACGCACAGCAGCCUGCGCAGCGCCAAUCGGGAGACGGCGUUUGUGCACGCCAUCAGCUCGGCGGGGGUCAUGUACACGCUAACCAGGAACUGCAGCCUGGGAGAUUUCGACAACUGCGGCUGCGACGACAGCAGGAACGGACAGCGAGGUGGUCACGGGUGGCUGUGGGGAGGCUGCAGCGACAACGUGGGCUUCGGGGAGGCCAUCGCUAAGCAGUUUGUGGACGCCUUGGAGACGGGGCAGGACGCUCGGGCGGCCAUGAAUCUCCACAACAACGAAGCGGGCCGAAAGGCGGUGAAGGGGACCAUGCAGAAGACCUGCAAAUGUCACGGCGUGUCGGGAAGCUGCACCACGCAAACCUGCUGGCUGCAGCUGCCCGAGUUCAGGGAGGUGGGCAACUACCUGAAGGAGAAGUACCACCGAGCCCUGAAGGUGGAUCUCCUCCGCGGGGGCGGGAACAGCGCGGCCAGCCGAGGAGCCAUCGCCGAGACCUUCAGCUCCAUCUCCCGCAAGGAGCUGGUCCACCUGGAGGACUCCCCCGACUACUGCCUGGAGAACCGCACGUUGGGCCUGCCGGGCACCGAGAGCCGCGAAUGCGUGAAGAAGGGCAAGAACUUGAGCAAAUGGGAGAAGCGCAGCUGCAAGAGGCUGUGCGGCGAGUGCGGCCUGGCCGUGGAGGAGCGCAAGGCCGAGACGGUGUCCAGCUGCAACUGUAAGUUCCACUGGUGCUGCGCCGUCAAAUGCGAGCAGUGCCGGAAGACCGUGACCAAGUUUUACUGCGUGAAGAAGGGAGGCGUGAGGGCCAGGAACGAGAGCGCCGGCGGCCGCCGCAAGAACCUCAAGCUGAGGAAGAAGCACUGAGCGUCUGCAUGGAAAAACACUUAUUUAAGAUUUAUUUUUCUACCUUUUUUAUACACUUGUGGGCUGAUUCGGUUCUUUUUCCAAUGGUCAAUUUUAUUUAUUUUCACACGAUUCACCACAAAAUGAGAAAUGCAGAUGGUCGUAAAUGCACACGGAUGAAAGCGCAGUUUAAACGAAACAAGGUUCAAGGAGGAGAUGUUGAGAUUAGGGGUUGGCAUAAAAAUCCAUCGGUUUAAGUUUUUCAAUUAAAGAUAAAAUGAUAUUCGAGAACAAACCUAUAAAAGAAUAGUAGAAAUAGAUUGGCUACAAUAUUAAUGACCAGCCACACAUUCCAAGAUAAACAGUGAUGGCAGGCGGAGGUAGAAAAAAAUGGUGGUGUGAAAAGUCUGAGAAACAUUGGAUAGACCAGAGAAGCAUUAUAUUACCAUUUUUUAAAUUUUUCAACUAUAUACUAUUUUUGAAUGUGAUGCAAGUCCACCCAUCUACUUCCGCUUAUCCGAGGUGGGGUUGCGAGGUCAGCAGCCUAAGCAGGAAGGCCCAGACUUCCCUCUCCCCGGCUGCUUCAUCCAGCUCCUCCCUGCGGAUCCCGAGGCAUUCCCAGGCCAGUUGAGAGACAUAGUCUCGCCAACGUGUCCUGGGUCUUCCCCGAGGGCUCCUACCGGUCGGACGUGCCCUGAACACCUCCCCAGGGAGGCGUCCGGGAGGCAUCCUGACCAGAUGCCCGAGCCGCCUCAUCUGGCUCCUCUCAAUGCGGAGGAGCAGCGCUUCUACUCUCGAGUUUUUCACCUGAUCUCUAAGGGAGCUUAGGGAGCGCCCAGACACCCUACGGAGAAAACUCAUCUUGUCCUUUCAGUCACUACCCAAAGCUAUGACCGUAGGUGAGGGAGGGAGCGUAGAUCCACCUGAGAGCUUUGCCUUUCGGCUCAGCUCCCCCUUCACCACAACGGAUCGAUGGCAGAGUCGAUCUCGCGUGCCAUCCUUCCCUCAUUCGUGAACAAGACCCCGAGUUAGGAUCUCAUCCCCGACCCGGAGAUGGCACUCUACCCUUUUGUGGGCGGGAGCCAUAGACGCCGACUUUGGAGGUGCUGAUUCUGUUAAAAAUCCUAUUUAAUUGACAUUUUUGGAGGGUUUUUUUGGAUAUUUGUCCGCAUUAACGUGAAAAUGCUGCGUUUUUCUCGGAGCAAAAAGGAAACAUUGCAUUCUAACCGCAUUUGUCUGUCCUCUUGAUGUAUCGAAAUGUAUAUAAGGUAUAUAAGAUGAAGCACUUUGUAUGUACAUUGUUAAUUUAUUGCACACCUAGUCGUAUUGUUAGCGGUUGUUUUCUAUGAAGAUGUCAUGAAAGAAUAAAAAAAAUUAAUCCUUCCUGGUAUCGUUGGCGAUGCUUUGAAUGAAACGCAAGCGUCCUCUUGGGGGCGGAGGGUUGCAUCGGGAAGAAAAGAAAACUCUUC